AUGGAGGAGCUUUGCUUCGACUUCGAGCGCCGAGACCCCCCCGAGUCGCUCCCGUGGGACCCGGGCCCCGAGGCCCAGCUGGACGAGCUCCUGCUGGACUGGCCGUGCCUGGACGGCCCAUCCUGCGCGGGGACAGCCCCGGGAGCGGUGCUGGGAGCCCCCAGCCCGGCGCAGCCCCCGGGGCAGCGUCGCGCCGCCAACCUGCGCGAGAGGAGGAGGAUGCUCAGCAUCAACGCGGCCUUCGAGCGCCUGCGGGGCCACGUGCCCACCUUCCCCUACGAGAGGCGCCUGUCCAAGAUCGACACCCUGCGCCUGGCCAUCGCCUACAUCGCGCUGCUGGGGGACGUCCUGCUGUCCGGCUGCCACCCCAGGGCCUACCUGGAGCAGUGCCUGAGCAGGGGCUGGCAGAGCCGGGCGCCGGCGGCCUGGAACACCAGCGAUCUCACAGCCCGCCUGUCCUGGGUGAAGUGGGAUUAA